AACCAUAGUUUAACAUGAAUGACUCAUUUUGUUUAUUUUUGGUUUAGCAAUUUUGACCAAGUCUUGAUGUCCUUUUUCCAAACUCAAACAUGCCAUUGAAGAAAAACAAAAACAAAAAAUACCACGUUGAAUUGAAAAGAUUCUCUUGAAUCUUGAAUAUCAACGUGGUAUUUUUUGCAAGAACAUCUAAAACAAAUUUUUAAAGGGGUUUAUUGAAUUUAUACAAGGUUGUUCAUGCUAAUAGAUUAUGGGUUUGGAAAUAUUAAGGUUUUAUAAUUGUUGGGUUUGAUUAGAUUGAAAUUUUGUUUAAGGUUGAAAAUGAGUUGUUUUCAUUGUUGUACGUCACAAAAGAGAAUCAACAAGAGGUCAUUGAAGAAAAGCAUUAAGCAAUAUCAUGAUGCAAAAACUCUAACCUCAUUUGCCAAUAUCUCUUUUAAAACUGAUAGUGGCAAGAGAAGGUUCAUAGCAGAUGAGAUAGCAAAGCUUGGAAAAGGAAAUGUUACCUCUAAGAUUUUCUCGUAUCGCGAACUAUGCGUCACAACUCAGAAUUUUCACCCUUCCAAUAUGAUUGGAGAAGGAGGUUUUGGAAGAGUUUACAGAGGAAGGAUUGCAACCACAAAUCAAGUUGUUGCUGUGAAACAACUUGACAGGAAUGGAUUUCAAGGGAACAGAGAAUUUCUUGUAGAGGUUUUGAUUUUGAGUCUUUUGCAUCACCCUAACCUUGUAAACUUAGUAGGAUAUUGUGCUGAAGGUGAUCAGAGGGUUUUGGUAUAUGAAUACAUGGCUAAUGGUUCCUUAGAAGAUCACUUGCUUGAAUUAACUGAGGAAAGAAAGCCUUUGGAUUGGCAAACUAGAAUGAAAAUAGCAGAAGGAGCGGCAAAAGGACUUGAAUAUUUACACGAGGAAGCGAACCCACCAGUGAUAUACCGCGAUUUCAAAGCAUCAAAUAUACUAUUAGACGAAAACUACAAUCCAAAACUUUCUGACUUUGGUCUUGCAAAGCUUGGUCCUACAGGCGAUAAAACACAUGUAUCAACCAGAGUGAUGGGAACUUACGGCUAUUGUGCUCCCGAGUAUGCAUUGACAGGACAAUUAAGUACAAAAUCAGAUGUGUAUAGUUUUGGAGUCGUGUUUUUGGAGAUCAUCACAGGAAGAAGAGUCAUUGACAAUUCAAGACCAUCAGAAGAGCAAAAUUUAGUCACUUGGGCACAACCUCUACUUAGAGACAGAAAUAAAUUCAAACAAAUGGCAGAUCCAUUGUUAGAAGAUAACUACCCUAUAAAGGGUCUAUACCAAGCUCUAGCUGUUGCAGCAAUGUGUCUCCAAGAGGAAGCUGAUACUCGGCCUUUAAUAAGCGAUGUAGUUACAGCUCUUGAAUUCUUAGCAAGGAAGAAAGAAGAUGGUGAAGAACAAAAUACAAAAGAGAAUUUUGCUUCUCAAGGCGAAAAUGGUAAUGAAGACAAUAAAUCUAAUGUAGUAAAUGAUGAGGAGGAGGACGAGGACGAGGACGAAAACGAUGAUGAUAAAGAGGAUGAGGAUGAGGAUGGUGAUGAUAAUGAGGAUGAGAAUGAUGAUAGUGAUAAUGAGAAUGAGAAUGAUAAUGAGGAUGAUAAAGGUAAUACAAGAUAGUGAAUGGAAAAGUGAAACUUCAAAUGAAAACCUUCAUUUUCUCUUCUAGUGGAAGGUGUGGUCAAAAAAACCUUUACAAACUCAUAGUUUGAUGCAACCUAAAAGGAUCACAAGAAAAAAAAAACUAUACCUCAAUAUUCAUACAUGAGAAUCAUUGCAUGUAUGUUUCAAGUUUCAAUACCUAUAUGCCAAAAUCUUAAUGAAAUGCCAUUCAAUUUUAUGAGUUAGCUUAUGGCUUGUGUAGGAUAUUAAGCAUGGUAAUAAUGCUUAUAUCUGAGAACAUGAUGGCUAGGUUAAGAUGCUUGUACUAAUUCUUGUAUCUGUAAUCAAAUCAAAAGAUCAUAAACUUAACUCAAUACUUUUUCUCAAUA